UACCGCUUCCGGUUUUUAUUAACAUGGCCGCGCCCACAUCUGAGAAAGGUGGUUCGGGAAGCAGAGCAAAAUAUGGAAACUUUAACAACUACUACCAAUUCAACAAACCGGAGGAGCGGCUAAAAAUGCUACCAAAAGACUUGGUGACCUUUUGUAACUUGACCCAGCAGUCCCAAGUUGUUGCCCUCGACAUUGGCUGCAACAGCGGGGAGCUCACAACUCAUCUGUACCGAAACUUGGCUUCAUCAAGAUUGGCUGACGUGAAAAUGCUUGCCAUUGACAUUGACAGUUCAUUAAUUGAAUGUGCCAAGAAGAAUUGUUCAUGUCCUGAAGCAAUAGAAUAUGUGUGUUUGGAUAUAACAAAUAAUGACAGUACAGAGUCACUGAUAUCUUACUUGAGAAAAGUGGGCAAGGAUGCUUUUGACAUUACGUUUUGUUUCUCGGUGACCAUGUGGAUACAUCUAAACCACGGUGACCGUGGAUUGAAACAGUUUCUUGAAACUGUCAGUAAAAAUACGCAUUUCCUGCUUGUAGAGGCUCAGCUUUGGAAAUGCUACAGAAGUGCUUCAAGGCGCAUGAGACGUGGCAAUGAAACUGAGUUCCAAAAUCUUGACACACUCAGCAUGAAUGUCAAUGUAGAAGACAACAUCCAUGACUUUCUGCAAGGCAGGUGUGGCUUGGAGGUGGUUGAAUGCUUUGGACAAACACAAUGGGGCAGAAAGGUGACCUUAUACCAGAGAAAAAAAGCUGUGUGAUCUGAAAUGUAUAUACUACCACGCACAUUGUGCAUUUAUGGAAUGGACUUUCCACAAUCAUUCCAGAAUAGUUCAUGUUUGUACACCAGCACUUACUGUAAGUUACCUUGUUCAAACAUAGAGCCUCCUUGUGCACAUGAUGCGGACAUCCCACUUUAGUCUACAAAUCACUUUUGUUAUAUUCAAAGCAGCUCUUUGACUAGCCUAUGUAACGCUGUCCCUCCGUCUGCACCGCGCUCCCCUAGCUGCAGGUGUUGGGGCUGUGCCAAGUAGGCUUUCUCUCGCAGUGCGCACGCAUUGACUUCACUCUCUUCCUAGACUGUCACCGCUCGCGGCGUGUCAUUUCUCUCUCUUCACCCUCUCCUCCACUCGCAACGUUGGAGCGCACAUGGAGUGGAAACACUCUUUCGGCUCGUUUAUCUGCCAUGAAACUCAUACGAAGCUCAACCCGCCUCCUCUGUCUUUGCGUUUCAGAGAAACGUUUACUUGAGUAAAGGCUACACCUAGUUUCGCUUUAAACCAUUCUUCCAGCACCCGCGUCGACGUUCGUUUCAGUUGAGUCAGCAGCGUGCGCAUCGCUGCUGCUUCACAUCUCAUUAUGGUUCCCUUCGGGGAGAUGGUCCAUACUUUUUUUAUAUUUAUAAUGCAUUGUGCUUUUGCUGAUUGACAUUUUGUAUUGCAUGUACAGUAGCUCUUUACAAAGAACUGGAGUAACUCUUAUUGUCAAACUAUACUUGUAAACCACACCUGUGAUGCAACAUGUGCCAGCUUGUGCUUGCCCUACUGCAUUUAGAUUUGUUGUGAUACAUCAUAUAUCACUGUGGCGCCCUGUAAUUGCAAAGUAACAGAUGCUCAUAGUCGUAUUUAAUAUUUUCAUUUCGUGAAACUAAGUCAACCAGCUGUGAGCAACUGUGAAAUUGUCGCAGUAAUUUAUGCAGGUUGAAAUGCAAUUUUUUUUACCUACUGUUGAAUGUACACAUUAGUGCUGACCUAAAAUAAAGAAAAUUGACAAUUUUUGCAUUA